GGCAACACUCGCGCUAAUGGAAGCGUCACAAAUAAACCUGGAACUGGAAUGUAAACGAAGCGCUUUAUUUUAAAUAAAUAAAUAAAUUGUGUUUAAGCAAAAUGACUGAACAAUUUGAUACACGCAGACGCCUCAUGGCUAUGUUCAGAAAUGAAAUGCGCAUGGAAAAACUGGAGAAUACUAUAGCUAAGAAGAGUACGAAAUUUCACACCAACUCCGCGGCACUUAUGACAACGAUUGACCUCCAGCAACGUAAAUUCGAAAAGCUAAAUGCACUGAUUACCCGACGCUGCGAGGACAUCAACACACGAACCGCAUUCACAAGGGCUGUGCGCGAGAAGUUGGCCGAGGAGAGGCAGAAAAAUGCCGAGAUGCAGGCACAGCUGGAGAAGGCAAAUGAUGAGCGCAUCGAGCAAAUGGACUGCGUGCGGACUUUGAGCGAUGCAAGCAACACGUUCAUCAACCCAAGUGCAUUGCCAGCACGCCUAAAAGGUGUCACUGUUCUGCGGGAAGAAGGCCGCUGGAUAAGCUUAGAUUACGACGGUGACGAUCUCAAAGGAUUAAGCACAUUUUGGGCACAGGCGCACAGCGGAAGUGCCAGCCAGAAAUGGCAGCAGCUAUUGUCAAUGGACAAAGCGAUAAUGCCCACCUUGAAUGACAAAGGAAACGUAAAUGUGUCUGUUUCAUCAAUAAUUGAGAUUGACCUAACCGCCUCGCCAUCCCACAAAUGAUUGCAAACACAAAUAAUUAAUUAUGAUUUGAACAUAAUCAAUCAAUUCGACGUAGUUGCUUAUAUUAUUAGUAUUAAACAAUCAAAUAUAAAUGUAGCAAUAGCUUAUCUCGUAAUUUGCAUUAUUUCUAAGAUUUGCUGUUCUAGUGUCAUUGCAAAACAAUCGAAGAGUGUCUUUGUUAUAAAUAAAUAAAAUGUCGCAUGCCCACUA